GUGUGAUCUCUGGAAAUCAGCUCUACAUGUUGGACCAGGAGGAGGUUCACCCUUUGCUGAUGCGCGAGCGGCGCUCCGAGUCGCACAGGAACAAGCUGCUGCGACGGACGGUCAGCGUGCCUGUGGAGGGGAGGCACCAUCCUGAGAUGGACCACGCUCGUGCCCGGAGGAAGAGCAUAGCCACCGGCAAGCAGCCAAGCAUGGACAUCCCUCCCACCGCCCCUCCUCAACCCUUCCGACAAUCCAGUUUCCUCAGCAGAAGACUGAAGGGUUCCAUCAGGCGUGCGAAGAGUCAGCCCAAGCUGGACCGUUCCAGCAGCUUCCGACAAAUGAUCCUGCCACGCUUCCGCAGCGCUGAUCAGGACAGGACUCGUCUGAUGCAGAGCUUCAAAGAGUCCCACUCCCAUGAAUCAUUGCUGUCUCCUAGUACCGCAGCAGAGGCCUUGGACCUCACCCUGGAUGAGGAUGCCAUUAUCAAACCAGUUCACUCCAGUAUCUUGGGGCAGGAGUACUGUUUUGAGGUGACGACCGCCUCAGGGACAAAGUGCUUUGCUUGUCGCUCGGCUGCAGAGAGAGACAAGUGGAUAGAGAACCUACAGAGGGCUGUCAAACCCAAUAAGGACAACAGCCGGCGAGUGGACAAUGUAUUGAAGCUUUGGAUCAUUGAGGCAAGGGAGCUUCCACCAAAAAAGCGCUACUACUGCGAGCUGUGCCUGGAUGACAUGCUGUAUGCUCGCACCACCAGCAAGCCCCGGACGGACACCGUCUUUUGGGGCGAGCAUUUCGAGUUCAACAACCUGCCGGCUGUUCGGAACCUCCGCCUUCAUCUGUAUAAGGAAACGGACAAGAAAAGACGCAAGGAAAAGAGCACUUAUCUAGGAUUGGUCAGUAUCCCUAUCUCAAGCAUCACUGGAAGACAGUUUGUAGAGCAAUGGUACCCAGUCAUUCAACCCAGUGUCCUAACCAAGGGAGGGGGUGUUGGAGGAGGCAAGAUCAUCAAUGCCUCCUUAAGACUCAAGUCCCGAUUCCAGACAAUGAGUAUCUUGCCAAUGGAACUAUACAAGGAAUUUGCUGAGUAUGUAACUAACAACUACCGCACACUCUGUGCUGUCUUGGAGCCACUACUGAGUGUCAAAAGCAAGGAAGAGGUGGCCUGUGCACUGGUGCAUAUACUUCAGAGCACAGGGAAGGCAAAGGACUUUCUUUCGGAUAUGGCCAUGUGUGAAGUGGACAGGUUCAUUGAUCGGGAACACCUCAUCUUUAGAGAGAACACUUUGGCCACCAAAGCCAUAGAAGAGUACCUCAAACUGAUUGGACAUAAGUACCUCAAAGAUGCUCUAGGUGACUUCAUCAGAGCCCUGUAUGAAUCAGAGGAGAACUGUGAGGUGGAUCCCAUGAGAACUCCACCUUCUGUCCUGCCAGACCAUCAAGCUAACCUUCGCAUGUGCUGUGAGCUUGCCCUCUGCAAAAUCGUCAAUUCUCACUGUGUGUUUCCUCGAGAGCUGAAGGAGGUUUUUGCCUCCUGGCGCGUUCGUUGUGCAGAGAGGGGGAGAGAGGACAUUGCAGAUCGUCUCAUCAGUGGCUCGCUCUUCCUGCGCUUCCUGUGUCCAGCUGUCAUGUCGCCCUCCCUGUUCAACCUCACGCAGGAAUACCCAGAUGAGCAGACAUCUCGCACACUCACCCUCAUCGCAAAAGUGGUUCAAAACCUCGCCAACUUCACCAAAUUUGGCAGUAAGGAGGAAUAUAUGAGCUUUAUGAAUGAGUUUCUGGAAAUGGAAUGGGGUUCCAUGCAGCAGUUCCUGUAUGAGAUCUCCAACCUGGACAGUGUAACCAAUGCAGGUGCCUUUGAGGGCUACAUUGACCUUGGAAGGGAGCUGUCCAUCUUACAUAGUCUUUUGUGGGAAGUCAUGGCGCAGCUUAGUAAGGAUGCCAUCAUUAAACUUGGUCCAUUACCCCGCCUUCUUAAUGAUAUCAGUAUGGCUCUACGGAACCCCCAUCUCCAGAGGCAACCCAGUCACCAAACAGACAGACCACCCGAGAGACACACAGAAAGACUGCUGUCCCGGCCCAGCUUCAACAGGGGUGUCUCAUCCGAAUUCCAGAACCUCAUGAUGAGGGACCUCAACAGCUCCAUAGAUAUCACUCGAUUGCCUUCUCCAACCUCUGCAAUGUCUAGCGGAGGGGUUCCACCAUCGCGAUCUGGAAUGGGAGGAUUCACAGAUCGGGAUCAUCCUCACCGAGCCUCCUCCAAAGACGUCUUCUAUGUCACCCGUCCACCUUUGGCCCGUUCCAGCCCUGCAUACUGUACUAGCAGUUCUGAUAUAACCGAACCAGAUGCAAAGGACUCAAGAAUGAACAGCGUCUCUAACCUGCAGUCUGUGGGGGACAUGCUCAACUCUUCCCAGGCCUCGAUUGCUGGCCUCGGCAGCUUCGGCGGGCUCGGGGGCUUAGGAGCAGGCCUUGGUGGACAGCUGCACGCAGGAGGGCGCCUGUCGGCCGGAUCGGGGGGUUCCAGCAUGUCCGGUGGGCUGAGACUGAGCCAGCUGAGCCAGAUGGGGACCACCACCGACUCGCUGUCCCAGCAACAACAGCAGCAGGCGGCUGCCCUUCGCUAUCCUCUCUCCUUCCAGAAUCCUCUGUUCCACCUUGCCGCCGACGGGCCACAGCUCCACCACCAGCACAGCCGGGCUCAGCCUCCUCCACCCCUCUUGCUCGCUCCUGAGCCAGACUCAUCUCACCCUACCUAUAUCCCUCAGUUCGCCCAUGGAGGCUUCUCGCGCAGUGAGGACCUUUCCAGCCUCAGGCCGGGAGCCCAUCUGGGCCAGCCCAGUAUAAUCCACUCUCACAGUUACAGCGAUGACUACAGCCGGCACAAUCAGGGCGACUAUGGUCGACGUCAACUUUCAAUGCACAUGCAGGAGAGCCUCCAGCAACAACAGAUGAUGGGUAUGGCAUCACAGACUGGCACAUCGCAUUCCUCCCUAGCCACGCCCCCAUCCACAGUCCAACCUGUUCGUCAGACCUCCAUGGCACCUCCACCCACCCAACGGAUGAAAUCACAAACCUCCCAUCAGCUGUCCGUCAGCUCUGCUGCCACCCCCCCAUCUAAGGCAAGACCGUCCAGUGGGAACUUGCUCCAGUCACCCGAGUCCGGCUUUGGGGGCAGGCAGCAGGGACCUCGGCAACAGCUGUCUGUCAAGGACAGCACUCCCCCUGGUUUGCCACACCAGCAGAGCUCAACCAGGGAGAGUCAAGGAUCCCAGGGGUCCCAGGGGGGCACUCCACAAUCUACACAGCAAUCACAGUCGAAAAAACAACAGCAGCAACCCCAGCAACAGCACUUACUGAAACCUUCCAUCAGCAAACAGGGGUCUUCUCAGUCUCCCUCUACGCUGAACCCUCCCACCCCUGCUUCAGAGCGAACGGUCGCGUGGGUGUCCAACAUGCCCCACCUCUCUGCUGACAUCGAGAGCUCACGGAUAGACAGAGAGGACUUCAAGCUGAAAGAGUAUUCCAAAAGCAUGGAUGAAUCUCGCUUGGAUAGGGUGCGGGAGUACGAGGAGGAGAUUAAUUCACUGAAGGAACGUCUGAUGAUGUCCCACCGCAAGCUGGAGGAAUAUGAGAGAAGAUUGCUGACACAGGAGCAGCAGACCAACAAAAUCCUAUUGCAGUACCAGAGCAGACUGGAGGACAGUGAGAGGAGGCUGAGGCAACAACAGGUGGAGAAAGACUCCCAAAUUAAAGGAAUAAUUGACAGGCUCAUGGCAGUGGAGGACGAGCUGAGAGGAGGAGCUGAGUACAAGACCAGGAUGUUUGCUGAUCAGGGAAGGAGGCAAUCCAUCCUAGUGCAGCCCCGUCUCGCGCCCGUGCCACCCCGAGUACACAGCCACUCACACAGCUUCGUGGAGGACAAUCUGGAACCUAAUUGGCUGACUCAGCCAGGGCAUUCCUCGGGAUGGCCUGGCCUUAAUUCAAGGGCACUGUCUCAAGAUUCAGUUGGUUGA